AUGAAAAUCACAACAAAAGAUUCCGAUACAGCCUCGACAAGAGAUACAGUCAUUUCAUCACAUGAAGAUGCCUCUCCUAUGAGCAGGCAUCGAUCGCAAUUGCAGCAAGCACAUUCUGAAGAAAUCCUGGCUCAGCUCGAUCCGCCCUUCCUUGUCAAGACAAAGACUCGAGAAGAGAAAGAAUCAAUGAGGCAACAAUUCAAAAAGCAGGAAGAGCAGAAAAAAGAGAGAUCGGCAAAGAGCCCGUAUCAGCUGUUGGGCAAUAUUUAUGCAAAGUUUUCUACCUCUUUCAUGUUGGAGAAUAAAGCUGCAACUGCUAGAGAUCAUCUAGCUAAUGAACGAACAUUUCUGGCUUGGUUGAGAACAUCGCUAUCUCUGAUCACAGUGGGUGUUGCUAUUACACAACUGUACCAUCUUACCCCUCCAGGAGAGAAUAAUCAAGUAACUCAUGCAAAGGCAGGCAAGUCUUUGGGUGCGGCAUUUGUGAUAUUCAGCAUUGUCUUUUUGUACUUUGCAAAUGCUCGCUACUUUCACACACAAAUUGCAAUGACUAAAGGGCAAUUCCCAGCAAGCAGAGGUGCCGUCAUUUUUGGCUCUACCUGUAUCUUGGCUGUCUUGAUAGCCAUGUUUGUCAUUAUUGUGAUCGACCUUAAAUAG